UUUGUUUUUAUUUUCAUUAAUAUUUUCAGUCAAUUGUGGGAAAUCUUAUUGGAAUAACUUUGAGGUAAAAAAUUAAAUAUGUAUCAUGUUACUAGUUUAUCGACUUCUGACAAGCCUUAUUAUUCCGUAAUUUGUCGAUACAUUGAAGCUGAUUCUCAAAAAAAGCGCAAAUUGGUGGUGCCGAUACGAGAUUUGAAGCCUUCUACAAAAGAUAUAUUAUCUCAUUUUCAAGCCAUUGGAGCAGUUAUACGAUCGAAACACUCAGCGUUGUUGGACUCAGUUGAUGAAAAAAUACUCCUUAAAUGUUUGCUAAUUGCUCAUUAUCACUCAACUGGUUCUUCUGAUUAUCGUUCAAUUGAAUUAGCUGAUAAAUUGUUGAAGGCAGAAAGUAAACCAAACAAUCGUCGAGUUUCAUUUAAAGUACCACCGGAGGCAAUUAAAUAUGAUGAAACGGAUUCCUCCAAUGAUAUUCAAUCACCCAAUCCAGUGGCUAGUGCAGCAACGAUUACUGAUGAUUAUGAUGAGGAUGAUGACGAUUUUGCAUUCUAAUCACCUUUUUAUUGUUUUAUUUUCAAUUCACAUUCAAGUGUAAGAAUUUUCAAAUGAUUUUUGCUGCUUUGUUUUGAUUAGAUUCAAGUUAACUAAUCAUUAUAAUUUUUGCAAAAUUAAAUUUUAAUCAUUAGGCAGAAAUAGAUAACAAUAUUCAUUGAAUUUAAAAUAUUCAAAAAUUAAUUUAUUUCCUUAUAAUGAUUUUCUGUGAAUUGUACUCUGAUUUUCAAUGUUAUUACUCAAAAGUACUUUUCAGCACUCAUGAGGUUGAAAUGAUUUUUUAUGCAUUUAACUUUUGUUUUCAUGGCAAAGUGCCUAACAUCAAUACGCACAAGUGUUUUAUUCAAAAUGAAAAGCUAAAAAAUUAUCCAAAAAUAUCUUUUCACUCGAUUUUAUCAAAAUUCAAAUUGAUCAUUUCAUUGACAAAUGGUGCUUUUGUAAAGUGUACAUUUGUAUUAAUCGCUUGUAUUGAACUCAAAAUAUUUGAUUCCAUUUUUAAGAGCUUCUUCCGAUUCCCUUUUUGCAAUUUAAUUCAAAAUUUUUGUGUAAUUUUCGCUUGGAAAUGUUGUUUUCAUUUUAAGCAUAACCUUUGAAAAUAAAUUGAUAAUUGUUUGAUUGAAUUUGAUUAUGAAACGAGAGAUCAUUUCUGGAUUCGCCAUUAACUAUCUGAAAGCCCAUUAUUAACAAUUCUGAUUUAAAUUUUGUAUUCAUUUAUAAUUGUAAAAUAGUCCAUUUGUGGUCCAAUUAAGUCAGGUCAGUAAUAAUAGGUCAGAUAAAAGUCAAUUCUCAAACGAAAACAUUUAUAGCAAAUGUGUUUGUAGCUUCUUGUUUGUUGUUAUGUCAUUAACUUAUGUUUCUUAUUUAUUCACUAUAAUUCACUAUUCAUUAUAAAAUGAUUUUAUUGUCUUAGCACAAAUAGUACU